AUGAAUACUCUGAAAUGGUCUGUAAUGGCAUCUUUUUGUGCAUCUAUAACAAAAACAUUUCAAACUCCGUCGAUCGCCAAAAUGUUUGCUAAAAAUGAACUAAAUGCUCUCAGAGAAAAAUGCAAACAAAUUAAAAACGAUAUMAGAUUGUGUAAAUUGAACUUAAUGGAAGGAAAGCGACAAAAGCUUGAAGUAUUAUGUGCUUUGAAAUGUCUUGGUUGUGAGCUGACAAAUGAAGAUAAAAUGUUUAUUAGAAGUGAAAUAAGAAACAUUCAUAGCUGUGCACCAAUGUGA